AUGGACGAGAAGACAUGGACCAACGGAAUCAACGAGGCCAGCAAGAUGGCCCUGCUCGCCUGGGAGAAGGAGACAGGAAUUGAGCUGGUGCAAAUAAACGGGCAGAGGCGCUACGGGGGACCCCCCCCAGGCUGGGUGGGCGGCCCGCCGCCGGCCGGCACCGAGGUGUACAUCGCCAGGCUGCCGCAGGACAUCUACGAGGACACGCUGAUCCCGCUGUUCGGGAGCGUGGGCCGGCUCUACGAGUUCCGCCUGAUGAUGACCUUCAGCGGGCUGAACCGCGGCUUCGCCUACGCGCGCUACGCGUCGCGGCAGGACGCGCGCAGCGCCAUCGCCGCCUUCCACCGCUUCCAGCUGCGCCGCGGCCGCGCCAUCGUCGUCUGCUGGAGCACGCAGAAGCGCGAGCUGCUCGUCAGCGGCCUGGGCGCCUGGGUGAGCCAGCAGGAGCUGGAGGCCACGCUGCAGAGGGUCACCGAGGGGAUCUGUAGUGUCACCCUGCACGCCAGCCCCUCCCAGACACAGGCCACGCUCGCUGUGCUGAAGUACAGCUCGCACGAGGCUGCUGCCCUGGCCAAGAAAGCUCUGAUGGAAGGGAACCUGAGGCUCGGGGAAGCAAAUAUGAGGGUGGACUGGCUGGAUCCCCAACUGAAGCAGAAGCUGCAGCUGUGUGAGGAGGAGCCACCAUCCAGCUGGGUGCAGGGAGGUGAGAGCCCAGCAGUGCCCCUGCCUCUGUCACUGCAGAACGUGCUGGACUGCCUGAACACGCUGUGCUGGAAGCAUCACCUGAGGACACCCCUGAUCAUGACCAAGUGUGUCCAGAUGAACCCCAACGGGUGGCAGCGGUUCUGGUACCAGGUGGCCAUCCCGGGGUCCCACGUGCCCAUCAGUGGCUUCACGUGGAUCUCACUAGACAGGCAGGGCCAGAGCGAGCACGAGAAGGCCAAGGUGGUGGCAGCCCUGCACGUUCUGCGAGUGUUGGCUGAGUCCUUGAGCCCCCCAGCCCUGUCCCCCCAUACAUCAGAGUCCCCUCUCAUCCACAGAGCCCCCAGCCCUGUUCCUCACCUCAGAGCCCCUCCCCGUCCCUCACGGACCCCAGUCACGGACCGUUCCCAGUCCCUCCGGCAGGACCCUCAGCCGCCCAUCCCCAGCCUGUCCCUCCAUCCCAGGGCCACCCCCGGUCCUCCCGCGGCGCCUCCUGCCCCCCAUUACCACUGUCCCCUGCGGGACCCCUGCCCGCUCCGACACGCGCUGCCCCUUUAA